CCGCCCGAAAAUACCCCGAGAACUCUGACCCCGGUCGGACUCCCGACUCCGAGACGAGACAGAGAAAUCCCCAAAUCCCCACGUCUCCUCCUCCUCCGCCGCCGCCGCCGCAUGGAUCCCGCCGCCGGCUCGCCGGAUCCGGCGCCGGCGCCGGGGGCGACCACCUCCACGGCGGCGACCGUCCUCGACGGCCUCGGCGCGGAGGUGCUCGCGGUGAUGUCGCCGGUCUCCAUCUGCAUGGCGCUGGUCGUGCUCCUCAUCUCCCUCCUCGCGCCGCCCUCCGCUCCGGGGUCCGCCGCGGCCGCCGCGCAGCCGCCGCCGCCGGUCACCGCCGCGACGCUCGUCUACCUCGAGAGCCCCACCGACACCCCGGGGCAGAAGCUCGUCGGCGCGCUCCUCGACGCCGCCGUCUUCGUCGCCCUCGUCGCCGUCGUCACCUUCGUCCUCGUCGCGCUCUACUACUACCGCUGCACGGGCUUCCUCAAGAACUACAUGCGCUUCUCCGCCUUCUUCGUCCUCUUCUCCAUGGGCGGCGCCAUCGCCGCCGCCGUCCUCCGCCGCCUCGGCGCCCCGCUCGACGCCGCCACCGCGCUCGUGCUCCUCUUCAACGCCUCCGCCGUCGGCGUCCUCUCCGUCUUCGCCUCCGCGGUCCCCAUCGUCGUGCGCCAGGGCUACAUGGUCGCCCUCGCCGUCAUCGUCGCCGCCUGGCUCUCCAGGCUGCCCGAGUGGACCACCUGGGUCAUGCUCAUCGCGCUCGCCCUGUAUGACCUCGUCGCCGUGCUCGCGCCGCGGGGUCCUCUCAGGAUGCUUGUGGAGCUCGCCUCAUCCAGGGACGAUGAGCUCCCUGCGCUCGUCUACGAGUCGAGACCGACGGUUGGGCCGGCCUCCGGUUCUUCCUCCUACGCUUCAGCCAUGGGAUCAGUUGAGAUGCAGCCGGUGGCCGAUCCCGGUCGAUCGGGUGGAAAUCAGUAUGACAGAGUAGAGCAGGAGGAUGAUUCGAGCCGCGCCGUGGUGGAAAUGAGGGAUGUUGGUGGUAGCCGAUCAAGCAUUCGUGAGAGGAACCUCGAAAGGGAGGCGCCGAUGGCGGUAUCGGUAUCAGGGCAUUCAUCGAAUCAGGGUGGGAGUUCACAGCAUGCUGUGAUUCAGAUUGAGCAGCACGAGGAAGGAGAGACAGUGCCAUUGGUAUCAGCGGCAUCUGCCAACAAUGCAGCCCCUAAUGAGGAGCACAGAGAAAACUCUUCUUCAGACUCUGGUAUGGAGUUCGAGAUGUUCGAGUCCACCAGGGGCAUCAAGCUGGGACUUGGUGAUUUUAUCUUCUACAGCGUGCUUGUGGGGAGGGCUGCGAUGUAUGAUCUGAUGACGGUGUAUGCGUGCUACCUUGCCAUCAUUGCUGGGCUUGGCUGCACCCUUAUCUUGCUGUCAAUAUGCAAGCAUGCAUUGCCUGCACUCCCGAUCUCCAUCUUGCUGGGUGUCACAUUCUACUUCUUGACUCGGUUGCUGAUGGAGCCGUUCGUCGUUGGCUCUUCAACCAACUUGGUGAUGUUCUGAUUAAUCUGCUAUUGCCAUUUUACAUAUGUGAAACAAGAAAGAGGAAAUGAUUGGCAUUUUUUUUCAGUGACUGGUAUUUUUGUUGGUCACUUCGUAGAGCAGUCAUAUGUAUUUAUCAUUAGGAAAUGUUGUUACAAGUUCAAGACCUUAGGCUCUUAAGGUAGUCUCAGGGAUCGACUAGUUACAUGCCUUGUUGUAUGGUUCUAUCAACAUGACAUGACAUUUGAGAAGAAAGAUUUUCGUUUCAUGUUCUCUUGAUUA